GUUGCUAUUAAGACCAGCACCAUCGCGUGUUUUCUCGGUCACGGGAAGUGUUGAUGCCGCAGCAUCUUUGCCUCGUCUCACACUCCACCACCAUUCGAGGAUUGUUAAUCUCUGUGGCAUCAUCUCAUCAAGGCCCUGCUGCUUCAGUUUCAGCAGUUUUGGAAUUGUCAGAAUUGCGGUGGAGGUGAGGUGGAGUGGAAGUGCUUUAUAUCUUCCUUGUCGAGACCACUUCUCGGUGGACUUGUGGGUUGUUUUCCUACUUUUGUGGAAUUGGGCGGGGUAUGAGGGCACUUUUGAAAGGGACUGCAGCGAUGCCAUCCAUAAUGCUGGUUGCUCUGGUUGCUUGGAGCAUGAUUUGCGGUUUAGCCGUGCAGGCCCAAGACGACUUCGAUUUCUUCUACUUUGUGCAACAGUGGCCAGGUUCAUAUUGUGAUACAAGAAGGGGUUGUUGCUUUCCUCUCAGUAGUAACCCUAAGGCGGUGUUCGGAAUCCAUGGUCUCUGGCCCAACUACGAUGACGGAUCGUGGCCUGAUUUCUGCACUAAGGAGCCAUUUAACCCCAAGGAGCUGGCGGACGUAGUAGAUCAGAUGGACGACGACUGGGGUUCACUGGCCUGCCCCGCCAGUGACAGCCAUAGCUUCUGGACUCAUGAAUGGACUAAGCAUGGCACUUGUUCUGGAUUGGGUCAACACGGAUAUUUUCAGUCUGCCAUCGACUUGUACGGGAAACAUGAUAUUACGGGCGCCCUUGCAAAAGCAGGAAUACUGCCAGACGGUAAACACUAUCAAGUUGAUGCGAUUCGCCACGCAAUUAGCACUGUACUCGAUGGCCAUCUACCAGGAAUUGACUGCAAUAAGGACGGUCAUGGUAACAGACAACUGUACCAAGUUUACAUUUGUGUUGGCAAGGAUGGAAAGACUUUGAUUGAAUGCCCCAUCUUUCCCCGCAAUGAAUGCAAGGGCUCUGUGGAGUUUCCAGUCUUUGAUCCUCACCAUCACCGACUUAACUCAGGCGGUGCGAACGACACUGGAAUGAGGAGUGACCACUGAACUUUUCUUCCAGUGAUCUUAGGCAGGUAAAUGUACGUUUUCUCUUUUAGUAGCGGUCAUUUGGUGCUGAGCUUCAUAGCAUUGAUCAGUAUUAGAGAGAUCGGUAUGGAGAGGCACAUCUGUGAAUGCACACUCAGGCGAUCAGUCUUGGAUAGAAUUUGUUCCUUGACAAGAAUUGUUAGAUUUUGCCUCAGCUGGUCACACUUGGCAAAUGACUAUAUGGCUUAAUACGUUACGAUAUAUGUCAUCUAAUAGUUAUAUUGACUUUUGACCAAUUUGUGUAAACAAGGGGCUUUGUGCUUUACCAGAAUGUGGCAAUAAGCAUGCACAAUGAUUUUGCAAAAACAUUUAAAAAAAAAUAAUUAUGUCU